GCUGCACAUUAAAUGUACACCUAACAUACAAUUUCCCUCUGACAUAUACUGUUCAUAUGAUACUCAAACAGGGCACUGGAAUCCAUUUCCAUGGAUAAACCAACCUAAUUUAUUUUCUAUAAAUACAAUCUCAAAAUCAGUAACCCAAAAAAUACAAAGAAAUAUGAAUUCAGCAAAAGUAAAACACAAUUCAGAAUGGUUCAUUAAACCCAAGAAUGAAGUUCAAGCAGCCAAAAAACCUUAUUAUUUAGCCCCAAUGGAUUUAGCUAUGCUUUCUGUGCAUUACAUCCAAAAGGGUCUCCUUUUUAAAAAACCUACAAAUUUAGACGAUCAACCAUUUUCCAUACACAAGCUAAUUGCGACUCUCAGAGACUCGCUUUCUUUAACCCUCGUUCAUUUUUACCCUUUAGCAGGCCGACUUGCAACACAGGUCGACGAAGACCAACAAAGAUGUCUAGUCUUCGUCGACUGUGCCAAGGGCCCUGGUGCUAGAUUCACCUAUGCUACCUUAGAUAUGAGUAUAUCCGAUAUACUUUCACCAACCGAUGUUCCUGUCGUGGUGCAAUCUUUUUUUGACCACGACAGGGCAGUCAAUCAUGAUGGACACGACAUGUCAUUGUUAACGAUUCAAGUCACAGAGCUCGUCGAUGGGAUCUUUAUUGGCUGCUCCAUGAAUCAUUCUCUUGGAGAUGGAACUUCGUAUUGGCAUUUUUGGAACAUGUGGUCAGAAAUUCAUAUGGCAAAACACCCAGAUUCAGCUUCAUUGUCGCGUAUGCCAAUCCUUACCCGUUGGUUCCCUGAUGGGUAUAACCCACCCAUCUUCCUCCCAUACACCCGACCUGAUCAAUUCAUUACUCGAUUUGAAGCAUCUCCCCUCAGAGAAAGGAUUUUUCAUUUCUCUUCCGAAUCAAUAGCAAGACUAAAAUCGAAAGCCAAUAAACAAAACAAUGACAACAAAACCAACAAAAUCUCGUCCUUCCAAGCAUUAUCAGCACUCUGUUGGAGAUCAAUAGUUCGCGCAAACAGAUUACCUCUUAAUCAGAUUACUAAUUGCAGAUUAGCAAUUAAUAAUAGACAUAGAUUAAACCCACCAUUGCCCCAAGAUUAUUUUGGUAAUUGCAUAAAUGCAAUGAAAUCAAGCAGUACAGUGAGACAAUUACUUGAUCAUAAUCUUGGGUGGGCAGCAGAUUUGCUGCAUCAGUCAGUGGCUAAUCAAAGUAAUGAAGUUGUGCGCGAGUUUGUUAGUGGAUGGAUGCAAAAUCCUUGUGUUUAUCAGCUUGAAAAACUGUUUGAUUCGAACAGUGUGAUGAUGGGUAGUUCGCCUCGAUUUGAUAUGUAUGGGAAUGAAUUUGGGUUCGGAAAAGCUGUUGCUUUGCAUAGUGGGUAUGCUAAUAAGUUUGUAGGGAAGGUGACUGCUUAUCCUGGAUAUGAAGGCGGAUCGAGUGUGGAUUUGGAAAUAUGUUUGCCUCCUGAUUCGAUGAAUGCUCUUGAAACCGAUCAAGAAUUCAUGGAUGCAGUCGUGCUUUGAAUUAAGUACUAAUUGUGGAUUAAGGCUACAUAAGUUUAAGUUUAAUUGUUGUAUAUGAAAAAAUAAUACACAAGUAUUUUACGGUUUUCAA